GGUCUAUCCAUCGCGGCCAGCGGCUCCCAAGCCGACAGUUGAACGACCGUUGAACGGGAGCAUGAAAGGCUUCGGCUGGCGUGUCACGGAGGACCGCAUCAGACCAUCGGCCGACCUGGCUGACAAGGUGUACUUCGCCCCAGUCGUCCCGGGUUUGCCGCAGCGCAAGCGACCGCGCAGGCCCAGAAUCCUUGAGCCCUUGGCGCCGUCCAUGGCCUCAGUGGCUCAGUUGCGAAACAAGGUGAUGGGUGCUUUGGACUCGGCCCUGCGUAGCGAACGCGUGCCACAGGACAUGAGGUAUCGUCUCUUGGGCACGGUGGAGCAGGUGAUGGACAGCGAGAUGGACGUUCCUGAGCUGGAGGAGUUGCCGAUGCCCCCGCGAACGCAAGCCAUCCAGAUGGUGCAGGAUAAGGUGAAAAUCAAGUUGGCGCCCACUGUUGAGCCAGUGGAGGCUGCAGUCCAAAGGCCUGCGCGAAGCCAAGAGGCGGAGGCAGCUGCUUCAACCCGACCACCUUCUUCAGUGGUGCAGGCCCCUCUAGAUGACCUGGAGUCGGCCGAGGUGCCUGACGCCAUCGAUGAGGACGAGGUGGUUCUGGUUGAUGUCGGUGAAGACGACCAGUUGUUGAACUUGGUCGCGGAUGAGGUGAUGGACAACGUCUUUGCUGUGGUCGGAGGAGAAGACGUCUGAGCGAUGCAAUGCUUCGGCCCUGGCUGUCCUGUAGUGCCGUGAACUUUUCAUGUCAUCAAGGGCACUGGUAACUUCAAGACCUUGCGGAAGGAUUUUCUUUCUUUUUGAAUUGAAC